AAUUUACUUGUUGUAACCCCUUGGUGUCAGUUCUAGUUAAAGCCAAGACAAUGAAUAAAUUGAAAGCAAACAGAAUCAAAAGUAGAGGUCCUGCAGAUAAUGUAAUAAAAAAUUCAUCUAACUUUGGACAAACAGAUAAAGAGCUGUAUGCAGUACUUAUUGCAGACCUUCUAUACGAUCGCUUCGAUCCUCUAAGUGACUACGUUCCCCCUUGUUUGCUUCCAUUAAGUAAUGUUCCUCUGCUGUAUAUGACGUUAUCUACUCUUGCUUCUGAUGGUUUCAGGAACAUUCUAAUCUACACUAUUAAAAGCUACAAAAGCGUCCAAGCAUACAUAAAUCAAACUAUUUUAAGUAAUUGUUUUCCUGGAUUGAAAAUUUGUGUACGAAAUGUGGAAAAUUGUCAUAAUCUAGGUGAUAUUAUGCGUGAUCUUGAGUCAAGUGAAUUUCUUUGUGGAGUCUCAGACUUUUUGCUUGCUCCCGCUGAUCUGAUUUGCGGCAUCUCUUUGGCGAAAUUUGUUCAUAAACAUAAGGAACAACGUGAAAAAACACCCAAUGCUAUACUCACUCUUCUGCUACCCCCUAUAACCGAAGCGAUAAGUUCAGUUCAAGCUUCUGAACUCAAAGUUAAUGUUAUAUUUUCGCGAACAAACAACAAUCGUUUGAUCAAUCUUUUUCACGAAUCUCAUCGUGACCUUUCUCCAGUUCUGCUUAGUGACUUGAUGAAACCCGGUGAAGUUAUCGAGUCUUCUCAGCUGAUGGAUAUUCAACUGAGUAUUUGUAGUAACCAUAUACCACCACUGUUUCAAGUGAGAUAGAAUGUUUUAAAUCUCAUUAAGUUCUUUCAAGCAUGGGUUCUUAAUGUUUUUUUAUUAAAAACUGUGUUCGACUACAAAGGACUGUCUGUCCAUGGAUAUGGUUUCAAAUGAGAUACGUACAGGUUUUUGUACUUUAUUCUGUUUACUUUAAGCUGUUUGGCGCUUAGUAUUAAUUGGGGUGUCAUAAAUUUUUUAUAAAAGCGUCACGUAACAUUUUAUUAUAAGGGUCGUCAGGAUUAUGAAACGUUCAUUUAUUUUUCGGGAUUUCAUUCCAGUCAAAUAUUUCAUUACAACAUGAAUCUGAUUAAAAAUGUCAUCAAUUGAAAUGUAAAUGAAUUAUUUGAUGAGUUUCAAAAGCGGUUUGAAACAAGUAAGACCAAUAGUUGGAGUCGCUUAAAUAUUUCGUUUGCUGCAAUCGUCUACCAAGAAAUAUCUACUGAAGUGGUCACUUGCCUGCUACCUUCAUCGUUUUUACUUAUUCAAAGAAAUGUCAAUAUGCAAUGAUAAUUUUGACUAUGAAACUAUGGAUGAUCUUGUAAAUGGAGUAUUAACGAAUGAAGAAAUUAUGGAAUAUACCAUACAUGUUGAACCUCUACCAAAAGGACCGAUUGUGCUUCAGGCUGCUCCUGAUCUUAGUAGUUUAAUUGACCUAAACUUUAAACUUCUGUCUCGACAAGGAGGAUUUCAUUUGUCGCUGCCACCUUUGUACGCCAAUCUAUCAGGCUCCGAAAUUGUAGCAGUUGGUCCACAAGUUUUUGUGGCUAAGUCGGCGAAAGUUCACCAUAAAGCCAGAAUAAUUGGAGCAUGCUUUAUUGGAUCUGGGUGCGAGGUGUCGGCGUUUGCUUGCUUAAUUGACUGUUCUCUUGGGGGGAAUUGUUUUGUAGGUGAAAACGCUUGUUUACGGCGUGUUAUCGCUUUGGAGAACGUUCAUAUUUCUAGCCAUGUAAAGGCAGACGUAGCUUGGUUGUGUUCCGGUGUUCGUAUACUUUCUGGAUUUAAACUUCCUAACUGCUGUUUCAUAGGCCCAUCAUCAACCGCAGCUGUAACAUUGGGUCCAGGAUGUGGUAACUUGCCAAGUAACAGCGUUUUGGUCGCCCCUCGUACAGGUGAUUUAGUUAUAGACCCUUUAGUUGGUGGUGAACAAGCCUGGGCUGCGUAUUAUAAAAAAAGGCAACCUUCAGGGACAAGCGAUUCUGUGGAUAAUCUUUCCGAGGAGGAUACACAAUCCGACCAAGUGUAUUUGACAAAUGAUGAAUUUACAAAUUGUCACUUGUGGGAAACGGCCUGGGACAGAAUUAAAAAUGCAGCUAAAACACGUCGGCAGAGAAUGAACCAAAAGUCUAGUCAUAGCCGAACUAGUGAUAUUCGUUGUAGCAAAUCCAGCAAGCCUCGCCGUAUGGUAAGUGAGAUAGAUGACAGUGAUGGAGAUUUGGAACAUCAAUUAAAAGAUGCAUCAAAAACUGAAAGUGAUGGCGAUGAUGAACAGUCAGAAAGCUUCAUAAUUACUGAGUUGAAACGAACUUUGGAACGAGGUGAACGACAUAAGUAUCCGGCUGAAACACUUAUACUUGAAGUUAAUUCUUUAAAACAUGCUUAUAAUGUACCUAUUGAAGAUUUCGGAUUCUUAUUGACAAAAGCCUUACUGGAGCUAACUCGUGAUCAUUUAUCUUCGAAAUCACAAAAUGAAUUCAGUAAAGCUGAUAUAACAGAAUUCAUCAUUAAUCUUCGUAAACUCCUAUUAAGCUUUAAUACUGUCCUGUCAUCAUGUAUGUCAGGAUUUCAAAAUACUGGCCGAGUUUAUCUUCAAGCCGUUGAAGAUGCAGCAUGCUAUGAUUCAUUAAUAUUCGCUUCUGCUAUGUCUAUUAUUCACACUAUGUAUGACAAUGAUUUGGUUUUAGAAGAUGAUAUAUGGUGGUGGAAAGAUAAUUCUCCACUUUUACUUGAUGAUGAUAUUUCUGAGAAUACUCGAUCAUUAAGAGAAAAAGUCAAACCUUUCUUUGAUUGGCUUGAACAGGCGGAAGAAGAAGAUGACGAUGAUAAGUAAUGACACGUUUAUAACUUUAUACAAUACUUUUUCUUCACUUUAUGUGUUAUUUGCAUUGUACGUAUGAUAAAAACAAGUGUUAAAAAAUGUGGUUUAAUCUGUCGCCAUUCCAUGUACAUAUUAUCCUUUUUACUGACUUCAAUUUCAAUAUCAUCUAGUGAAACAUCUGCUGUGAUAGGAGUUUGCUUUAUAAAUAUUUUCUUUGGUAGGUGGGAUGGAUGAAUUUUUUAGUAUUCAGUAGGUUGGUAACUUAGAGUAUUGCUAGUUUAUAACAUUGUUGUAUUUACGAGUUUCAAGUUUUCUGUGUUGGUGUGUAAUACGAGUAAUAGCGAUUUUGUUACUGUUACACUGUAUUAACGACUAGUGGGUGACUAACGACACA